AUGGUAUCGCGAAAGCGCACCCGCUCCGAGGCGGACGCUGCCCCGGAGCAGACCAAGCAGCCACACGAGGAGCCUGGCCUGUUAACGCAGCUUCGGAACUGCUGGGAGUUUGCGAACCUGAUGCAGUAUAUUGCGAUCUUUGGGAAACUCAUGAAAAUCGACGAGGAUUUUGGAAUUGAGGUACGCGACUACGCCGGCCCUAAGAUCGCUAGCGACCUGGAAAACGAAUGUCUCAAGCCUGGUCCUUCGGAAAAGCUCUUGGAGAUUGGACUCUGCCUGCUCAAAUGGGUCUCGUCGCAUCGCGGCCUCACGUUCGAUAACUUCGAUGAAUACACGCGACGUCAGUACAAUGCGAAAGCUUCACAUCUUACGAACCCCUUCGGGUACGACGAGGUCCCGAAUAGGUUUUUGGAUUUCGAUGUAUUCCUGAAGCUGCGCGUCCUUCACCAGCUUACCGUCUGGACGUUCUGGAACCCCGAUCGGAUCCGUGAUAAGAUGCCGGAGCAAAGGGAGACGGAUCAGUUACAGUGGCGUAUUGAAGAAGUUGGAUAUGACCGACAAGGCCGUUAUUACUACAUUCUAGACGACAAUAGACUUUAUCGCCGCACCGAUCCUCCCCUUCCUCCCCCGAAGCCUGCCAAGUCGAAGGCAAAAACAAAGAGAAAGAACCCACGAGCCGUGAGAGCAUCCAAGCGGAGAAAAGUCGCCAACGCGGAGUACGAUGAGGAGUCAGAGGAGGACAACACCGAAGUUAAUGUCGACGUUGAGAACCCUUACGCGUCGAUGAAGUGGGAGUGCAUUGCAAUUUCGCUGGAGGACUACCAAAAGUUUCUUGAUUCGAUACGGAAUACGAGGGAUGCAGAUGAGAAGGUACUUCGGGACAGAAUUGAAGAUCAGGUGCUCCCGAUCAUUGAGCAGGAGCAAGCGGCCCAGGAGCGACAGAAGGUCAAGCGCGAGAAAGAGCUUGUCAACCUUCAACUCCUUGCUGGCGCUAAGAGGUCUAGUCGCCUUGCCCAGAAGAGCGAGAAAGAACGGCAUGAACGAGAAGCCAUUGAGGCAGCUCAAAAGCGGGAGGAAGAGUUAGCGGCCGCUCGCAAGGAGGAGGACCGGUUGAAGAAGAUGGAGAAUGAUCGACAUUCACGUAUCAUGACUCGCGAACAGCGGAUCAAAGAUCGUGAGAGGAAUCGCGUCCUGCAUGAGGCUGAGCUGGAAAGGAUCGAGGAGGAGCAAAAGAAGCUUGAAAGAGGAGAAAGCCGGAUCUCCGAACGUCAGCUCAAGGCUGAAUUGGAGAAGCAGCGAAAGAACUUGGAGGACCUCUCUCAAGAGGAUGAGUGGAUCUUUGAUUGCUCCGGCUGUGGCGUUCACGGAGAAAACAUUGACGAUGGUUCCCACAGUGUUGCCUGCGAGAAUUGCAAUGUGUGGCAGCACAGCAAGUGCCUUGGAAUCAAACAGGAGGAGGCCGAGCGCGAGGACUUUCAUUUCGUCUGCCGGGAUUGCAAACGCCGCGAGGAGGAUGCAAAACUCCCGAAAUUACCGCCGCUUAAAUUCAAGGUUGGCUCUUCGCCAUCCAACGCCGAUGGUAAUUCUGAGACGAAAGCCAUUCCACCUACGAACGAAGAAGAUGCGGUCGUCAAUGGGUCGCCCUCAAAACAACCUUCCCUACCUCAGCCUACCCAGCUUCCGUUGCCUACUUCUCCUGAACGCCGACCUCAGUCAAAUGCGAGCUCAUUCAGCCCGUCGCGCGCUCCAUUCUCCCCUUCAAAAGGUGUAAACGGCGUUGCUCCUUCUCAAGAGCAGCCGAAGCUGCCUCCGAUUCACCAGUUUGUCCCUAACGGCCGUGGCCCGCUUCCUCCCGCUCCUUCCUUCGCACAACGACCAUCAUCCUCUCACUCGAUCCACAGCCCGACUCUCCCGUCUCCUAUCCAAAACAGACCCUCGAUGUCACCGACGCAAGGCAAUCGCGACGUUGGUCCUCUGGCGGGAUUCCCCCCCAUGGCUUCGUCCGACGGUCCCGUCCCAGCUCCUACGCCAUGGACGCCGUAUGGACAGCAUCAGACUCCGCGUCCCAGCACCGCCCACCAGGCUUCAUUUUCGUCAGUCCACAGCGGGAAUGGAUCGUUCGUAGCGACACCUACCGCCAACCGGGCAUCGUCCCCCCAUUCUCAUCAUCUGCUUUCCGGCCUUAGUCCUACCAAGCCCUCGCCACGGCCUCUGACUGCCGGAGGCAUGGCGGGAGCACCGAUCUUGCCUCCAGUACAAAGAUUAGAGCCAAGCCCGAAGUUGAUGGGGAGGAGUUCGCCGGACGCGCCGAUCCCGCCCCCAGUGAAGUGCAUGACGCCGGAGCAGGAGGAGCGCAGGCAGAGAGAGAACGCGAUGGGUCUACACGGCCAUCUGUCGCAAGCUAAUGGUCAGCAUGCAAUGUCGCCGUCCAUCAAUCGCAUCCCCCCGCUGGAGCCGUCGCCAUUGGUUCCGAAGCCCGAGCCCACGCAGCCAGGCAUUGAUAGUUCGCGUCCAUAG